AUGGUCGCUUAUGUUGAAUAUUCAACUCCAUUAUCGCAACAGUAUUACAUGCAAAAUUCAUACGGCGAGUAUUAUUCGCUUACUCAGCAAAUUGAUCGGUUCAAAUUGGAAUACUGGAGUGAGCUGAGAUGCGAAACAGGCCUGCCGGGCCUUUACCUCUCAGGUGAAGAUGUGAUGUUCUGUGGAAUUGGAAGUGUGCUUCAGAGUGGCCUUAUCACUGCCGGUCGUAUAUUGAAUCGCAAUUUAUACAAGGAUUUGGAAGAGGCAUAUUCACUGCAGAAAAAAGACGAUAAGAAAAAAUGA